AUGGGACAAGCAUACAGCCUGUUUACAAAGAUUGAAAUUGACGCUCCCCCGGACAUAGUUCGAUCAGUGCUGCUCGACUUUGAGCGUCACAAGAACUGGCAUGGGACAUAUGUAUUCAAAUGCUUGGACCCAAAAAUAAAGCCCAUCGACCUAAAGCCCGGAGACAAGCUAGACAUGGAGAUAAGAGGCUACACAUUCAUGGGCUACCCGUACCCCUUUCGAUUUCAGCCCACGAUCCGGGAAAAUAUUCCAGAGUUGUUGGAAUGGAAUGGUGGCCCAAGGAUGAUAUUCAAUGGGACUCACAGCUUCAUCUUUUCCUAUAGCCGGGAGAACCCUGGCGGUACGACCUUCAUCCAGAGCGAGGCAUUCACCGGGCUGCUUGCCUUUCUCGUCGGCCAAAACUGGGCUUUCGGGAGGCAGAGCCUGGGGCACUUCCAGGCGCUCAGCCAGGACCUGAAAACGGCCGCUGAGCAACAGGCUAAUGGGUUGGGUGCCGGGGUUUCCUGA